AUGCCUUUGCAUGAGAGAGUGUCACUUCUUGAUCCAGCUUUUCAUCCAGUUUUGUCAUUUUCCCAAGAAAUUCCAUUACCAGUUCAUUUUGAAGCUUUGCUAAAAAGUGGAGAAUGGCAGAAUAAACCGCCACCAAAACCUGCCAAGACAACGGCAAAUGAUCGAAGACGACAAAAGAUUUUACAACAAAAUGAGGCACGUCGCACAAGCAAAAAGUUGAAGAAUGCAGCUGCUGUGCUACUCUCCUCUGCAAAAUUCCGAAGUCGGUAUGAUAAAAAACCUGUACAAAAGUCUCGUCCUAGCACCACCACCAAUUCGGCAGCAAUGACCUCAAUGAGUUUAGCUGCUCAGUCUACAUCAUCUUCAUUACCUACAACUCCACAAAACAAAGUAACUGAUAAACGUUUAUGUAGGACUGAAAUUAAGAAACGGAGAGCAGCGCAAUUAGCAAUUGUUCUAAAAAAGUUUCCAUCAAGGUCCAUUUCUUUAGGAGGUAGCAGGCUAAGUGGGAAACGCCGUUUUAGAUCAUCAGAACAGGCUUGUCUAAAAGAUGGAUCUUCAGCCAUUAAUUGUCCCUCUGCAACAUUCAAAGAGAUGAAAGAAGCUACAUUAAGGAAAAGACGUGGAGAGAGUGCCUUUGAUAUUAACAAUAUUGUCAUUCCAUACAGCAUGGCAGCAUCAACUCGUGUAGAGAAGUUGCAAUAUAAAGAAAUAGUUACCCCAAAAUGGAGGAAGAUUGAUCAAGAACCUGUUUCUGAAUAUAAAGUAGAAGGUGAAGAUAGUUUUACAUCUUCACCAAAUUCUUCAGUUGGUAAUAGAAAACAACUAACUGCAAGCCAAACAAAUGGUAUUUCUACAUGUCAAAAUGAGGAAGAAGAUGAUGAUGAUGAUGAAGAUGAUGAUGAAGAGCUUGAGAUUGAAGAUCUGUCUGAUGAACUUUAUAUCCAGCGUCAUGCAAAAUGUGAAACUCAAGAGAAAAAGAGAUUUGUUUCUUUUUUCCAACAUGGAAGGCGUGGUCAUCGUUCAGUUCGCUCUGAUGAUACAGAGCCAGUCUCUCCUGAAUCUGUGGGUGUUCUUGAUAGCAAUUUGAUGAUUGGCUCACCAGUUCACCCUCCUACCUCAUCAUCUUCACGCCAUGGACCAUGUACUGAUGCUUUAGUUUCAACACUUUCUUCCCAAUCCCCUUCUCCACUACCAACUUUGUUACCAUUACAAGACCGUUCCACUUCACUGAAUCAUCCCUCCCCUAAUGAUAAACUUCAUUCAGUUUCAGAGUUAACAGAAAACCAAUCUUUACUUACAUUAGAUGAAACAGACAGGAUGAAACAAAGUAGAAGCUUCUCUUAUAAUCAAAGACAGACAGAAAUGGAAGAAAGUGACAAUCCUCUCACUGCAGCUGGUUAUAAACAGCAGGAGCAGUCUUAUUUGAAAUCUGAUGGACUUGAAGGAGUUUCACCUCAUUUGUUAUCACAGACAGUAUCAAAUAUCGUUCACCGGUCGCAAAGCCCUUUGCUGAGCAAAAUCUCUCAAAAUGCAACAGCAGCACUCUCUGCUCAUUAUUCAUCAACACAAUCCUUUAGUCCUCACCCUUAUCCCACAGAUACUUCCAUUCAAACUCGCCCUUUGACACCAACCACCUCUCACCCAACCACUCAUCUCCAAAAGUUCUGUGAUGAACAAUUGGGCAGAAGGCGUUGUAGUUCUUUAUCGAAACAUGAACGUUCGUGCUAUGAGGAUGACAGCGACCUUUUUGACAUGCAUGAACAUUCAACUGUUGAACCCUGGAUUCCUCGAACUUUUCCAUUAAGUGAAUUAGAAUAUGAAACAAUGCAAAUUGAACAUUGCUGUGAAACCAAAAAAAAUAGUGAAAAUGUUCCUGAAAGUUCUCAACCAGAAUCAAGAACACCAGGAAGUAGUCAUCCAUGUUCUCCACUGCCAAGCAGUUCUUCUGCAUCAAAUGCAGAAGAAGAUCCCAAUGAUCCAGAAUGGAAAGUAAUUGGUUCAAAAUCAGGCAUAGUCCUUCGCUUGGCUAAGAGGUGA